AUGGCUUCGAUCUGCCGACGCUGGAGAUUAUGGAUAUUACCUGUGCUGACCUGCCUGUAUGCGCUACUUAUUGUUAUACUUGUACCAAUUUUGCUAGUCAACUCCAUCAAGAAUGGCUUCAAGAAGCAGGAUCAGGGUGCAUUGGUGGGUGGCGCUUUUGUUUUGCUGGCGCUACCCAUUGCCUUCUAUGAGAUUAUCCAGCACAUGAUAUACUACACACAACCUAGACUACAGAAAUAUAUAAUAAGGAUACUAUGGAUGGUACCCAUCUAUGCAGUGAAUGCCUGGUUAGGUUUGGUGUAUCCCGAAGGAAGCAUAUAUGUGGAUAGCUUAAGAGAAUGCUACGAGGCUUAUGUAAUAUACAAUUUCAUGAUGUAUCUACUGGCCUAUUUAAAUGCAGACCACCAGUUGGAGCAUCGACUGGAGAUCUCUCCUCAAGUGCACCAUAUGUUUCCCCUGUGCUGUCUUCCUAAUUGGGAGAUGGGCAGAGAAUUUGUACAUAUGUGCAAGCAUGGGAUUUUACAAUAUACCGCUGUUAGGCCUAUAUCGACUUUAAUAUCAUUCAUAUGUGAAUUGAAUGGAGUUUAUGGGGAAGGUGAAUUUAGGGGGGACGUGGCUUUCCCGUACAUGAUUGCUCUAAACAAUUUAUCGCAGUUUGUUGCCAUGUACUGUCUGGUACUCUUUUACCGUGCCAAUCAAGAAGCCUUGAAGCCAAUGAAGCCAAUCGGAAAGUUUUUAUGCAUCAAAGCUGUCGUGUUCUUCUCGUUCUUUCAAGGAGUGCUAAUAGCUCUCUUGGUGUAUUUCGACGUCAUAUCAAGUAUUUUUAAUACGGAAAACUCUGAUGACAUCAGGAAUAUAUCGUCCAAAUUGCAAGAUUUUCUAAUUUGCAUAGAGAUGUUUUUGGCCGCAGUGGCACAUCACUAUAGCUUCUCCUAUAAACCGUUUGUCAAUUUAGCACAGGGUCAAGCAUGGUGGGACGCAUUUAGAGCAAUGUGGGACGUUUCCGAUGUGCAUAAUGACAUAAAGGAACACUUGGGCGUCGUCGGCUCGUCCCUCAGUCGCAGGAUACGUGGGCGGGGCGCAUAUCAGCAAGCUUGGGGAAGCGCGACGGAGCGUACGUCGCUCUUACCCGAAGCCACGGUGGUGGUGAGCCAAGCCAGAAGCGCACCCGCCUGCUCGUUCUCGAGCUAUAACACCGAGGCAGGACUGAACAAUAAUCCAUCCGUCGGAGAAUCCGAGGAGGCGGCCGUGAACGCGCUGGAUAGCAACAACGCCAUCAACACGUAGCCAAAUCCAUCAGCCUAAGAACGAUACUCGGAUCUACGCGAAACUAGCGUACUUUAGUGAAUAUCGCUCCUUAGUAUUAACUCAAAGCGAAGGUGGGAUAAAAGUAUAUAAUUUUACAACGGCGUACAACUGUACAAAUCAUCAUGAUCACUUACCACAACAAACACAUAUCGCGUCGAGACGAGAAUAUUUAUACGCGGUACCCGGAACCACUUGAUGAUUCUUGAAUCAUUCUGAUUUGGAGAUAAUUUUCUAUCAACUAAUUUUCCAUCAAAUUCGAGAAUAUCGAAAAACAAUCUUUAAAAAUUAGUGUAUAAUUGUUGUAUUUAACAUUUUUGUUUUUAAGUGUAAAUUAUAUUUCUACAUUUAAAUUGAGAAUUUAAUUUUAAAUUCAAAUAUGUGAGAUCUCGUCCAUUUUCUCUAUUGAGAUGUUGACUUUGAAUUGGUUAAAGAAUCUCUAAAGCUAAAGCUACCAUCCGAUGGUCUCGGGAUAUCCCGCACGGCGCGAUUUACGACUUAAGAAAUUUGAUACGAUGUGAAUGAUGAAUUUUGUGAGGAACAUAAAUUCGCUUGUUACGUUCUUACUUUGCGAAUGACACUCGUGCACUUUAUGUUACCAAAUGAUAGUACCAAAUAAAUAUGAUGUACAUACAUUUAUAUAUACGUAUACGUAGAAAGAGAAAUGUGAUCCCGGUAUGAUAUUUGUACAUACCUCGAACGACCAACGCGUCAUACAUUUUAUUACACGUCCGACAAAUACAUCAUUUUUUUUUCUUUCCUCUGGGGGUGUGUUCCACUUAACGCUCAUAACACUUUUGAAAUCAUUUUAUCAUUGUUUAUCAACUAUUAAACAAAGAUAAAUGAUGUUUACGAAUGUUUCAAGCAUUAAAUAGAACGUACUCUUAAUGUAUCUAACGAAGGCCACAAAAAACGAGCCGUCCGGAUAUCAGGCGCCUCAAGAUAUCUUCUUUCCGUAUUUAAUUCUUAUUCUUUCUCGCUUAAUAUGUACACACGCAAAUGUGUAUAUCGCACUCUGUAUAUGAAUUUAAAUUUAUUUUAUGAUUACAUGAUAUCGGAAAUAAAGGCUGUGUACGUUUGCAUUAAUCCCCAAAAAA